AUGCCCUCAGAGAGCAGUGAGAAUGGUAUACAUGAGCUCUGGCAGAACGCUCUUGAAGCGUACCGGAAGGAAACGAAGUGCGAACUCCUUGGAGUGGACUUCGCAGACAGCGUGCUUGAGUGCGCCACAGCGGAGGACGUCAUGGAUGUUCUGCAGGAGAGUAUGGAAGACCUCAAAGCAUUCCGCAGUGACGACUCGAAAUGGGACAAAGUGCGCAACGUCCUCGAGCGCGUCGUGGGCGUUGUGCUUGCGCUCAACGUCGCAGCCGGGGAUGUAGCUUCUGUGGCUAAUCAGGGUGCUCCAGGAGGAUCGGCCAUCUUCGUCGGAAUCGGCGUUCUUCUGACGGCGACUAAGGGCGUGAGCGAACGAUAUGACUCUCUGCUAGAACUCUUCUCGCAGCUCUCAGACUACCUACUCCGUCUCUCCUCUCGUCUUCAAUCCAAACCCGAGCUCGGCCCCGCCGCAAGGAAGAACGCGCUUGAUGUGCUUGUGCAUCUUUUGCAUGUUCUCGCUCUCGCCACGAGGCUGUUGAAGAAGAAUCGCUUCAUGCAUUAUGUACAGGUUGUAUCUGGGAACAAAGACAUGAAAGAUGCGCUCGCCAAGCUGGAUACGCUCACGGCGACAGAAACACGCGUGGUCGUGAAUGACACCUUUGUGACCGCACAACAGAUCCUGUCUGAAGUACAGAGCUUGCGCACUGACGGUCUUGGACACUCUGAGACGCUCGAACGCAUCGAGACAAGCCUCUCUGCCCUCACCGACGCACAGCUGCUACAACUCGAUAUCGAGAUACAGAAGUGGCUAUCUCCGCCUGAUCCGUCUGAGAAUCAUCGGCGUGUCGUGGCAUCCCGCUAUGAGGGCAGUGGUACCUGGAUGCUGAAUAGCUCUACGUUCACGGAAUGGCGAGAUGGGGAUGGUUCUUUCUUUUGGCUGCAUGGAAAGCCUGGUUCGGGCAAGACUGUACUGUGUUCAUCAGUCAUCGAUAUGCUGAGAGACGCUUCAUCCGCCAUGGUCGCAUACUACUACUUUGACUUCAGAGACGAGGCCAAGCAGGAUGCUCACGGUCUCUUGUACUCCCUUGUCCAUCAACUAAGCGGCGCUUCAUCAGAUUGUCUGCGUCUGCACCGCGAGUUCUACACUCUGCUUGGCAAACAUGGACGUCCCAGUCUCGCACCCCUUGUCGAUCACCUCCGUGCUCUCGCCAGAUGUUUACCUGGGCCGAUCUACAUCGUGGUCGAUGCAAUCGACGAAUGCCCCCUCGAAGCCCGUCGUACAGAGGUCCUUCCGUACUUGCGGAAGCUGACGAGCCUGCAUCUACCCCAUGUUCAUGUCCUCUUGACCAGCCGACCCGAGGUCGACAUACGUCGCUGUUUCGAGGACGACUGUACACAUUCUAUGAAUCUUCAGGAUGUGAAACCACAUGCAGAAGACAUGAGCUCGUACAUCACGCAUGUCUUGACAUCGGAUCUUGAUUUCGGGGACUGGCCGGAACGGCUUGUCAAUCUUGCGUGUGAUACGCUUCAGAAGAAGGCGAACGGGAUGUUCCGCUGGGUUUCCCUCCAGCUUGAGAGUCUACGCAAAUGCCUGCCAAAGCAUGUCGAGAAGACACUCGACAGUCUGCCCGAGACACUGGGCGAAACAUACUGUCGGAUGCUCGAUGCGAUAGACAAGAAAUACACCGCGGACAUCCUGCGAGUCUUAGCUUGCAUAACAUACGCUCAAAUCUCCAUGUCCGCGAUGCAGCUCGCCGAGAUCUUCGCCAUUGACUUCGAUGAUGAAUCGGGUGUUCCUCAGCUCAACUCAGAGCAUCGCGUCAGCGAUGCCGAAGCUAGCCUACAGGCUCUAUGCUCCGGUUUUAUCAUCGUCUCGAAUAACUCAGUCAGCUUCUCUCAUUUGUCCGUGAAAGAGUUCUUGCUAUCCGACCUCGCUCCCGCGAGAUACCGUUUGACCACGGAUGUCGCCUGCUUCUCGCUUGCACAGAUAUGCAUGGCAUCCCUGCUCUCGGUCGAAUAUGCCGACGAGAAUCGGUCAGGACCGUCCCUCGCUACACACGCCAGUCGUUUCUGGAUGCUAUAUGCCUCACAUCCCGACGUGGUCGGCCGCUUGAAUCCGUCCCUCGAUCGGUUCCUGAUACCUGGUUCUGCGGCCUUCAGCGUAUGGGCAGACCACUUUCUCAGGUGGAGGAGAAGUACCCGCACCAGAAUUGAAGAGUCCCCGGACGGCGACUUCACCCGCAUACAUAUGUACCAAUGGGAGCCAGACUGCUCUCACGAUCGAUAUAGCCAGCGGCUGCCUUCAUGGCUGGCGCGCAGAAUCCGCUUUCACCCUCUUAUACUCGCGUCCUUUUACGGCUUCAUCGAACAGGUCAAAGCGCUUAGCGCCGACCUUUCCCAGUUGUCGGAAGGAAUGAUGAACGGUGCAAUAUACGCCGCAGCGUGCGCAGGCGAAGUGGAUGUUCUGAAGAUACUGCUUCAGCUAAACGUGACGUAUCUCUUAGAGGAACCCCUCAAUAACGAGCACUACCCCGUCUUCCAACAAGCCUGCGAUCCUCAGUGGUACCACAGAAGUACCGAGUUCAGGCCGAAGAUAUCUCAGGUGGCUGUAUUGCGCACGUUGCUCGAGUGCGGUGCGAGUGUUAACGCGCCCAGUGCCGCGACUCGGAGUGGGGAACAGCCGUUGGCGAUUCUGAUCGAUAGCUGGUACGCUUCGGCUACCGACCGCAGGCGUCGCAACCCUGAAGUGAUGGAGGUAAAUGCGAGACCCGCAUUUGACCUACUCUUAGAGCAUGGUGCCGACGUGAAUGCCACAACUUCCGACAAGAGCACCAUUCUGCUCAAGCUUGUGGACUCCAAAAUUAGGAAGGAAGUCCUUGGGGAAACCGACGACGAAUCACCGAAGAGCACUGCUGUUACCGCUUUGCUUCGCGCAGGAGUUGAUGUUGCGGCGGCUGUCAAAGCUGGAAAGCGGCUGAGGCGGCCUAUCCUGGAACCAGAACUACGUUUCUUUGAGGAGUUUAUACUCGAGGAGACGCGGUAUGCGCGGACACGUGAGUUGGUUUACCUAGAUAGUUGUAGCCAAGAAGAGUAA